GCUAAAGCGGGACGUGGAGCUUAUCUUUAUCAAGUCAGCGACGCUAGGAAAUGGAACGCAUCAUUAGGUAUCCUGUCGACAGCAUCACAGCACAACACCUCUGCGCGUCGGUCUAGCUGGAUCCGCGAAAUCAUGGCUCCAGGACAGAAGAUGUACCCGCGAGCGACGGUCAAGAAGAUUGUCAAGGCUCAUUCCAAGUGCAACGUGAGCAAGAAUGUAGAUGUUAUGAUCUUCCUCGACUAUGUCCUAUUCAUGCAAACACUGGUCAAGGAGGCUGCAAUCGAUUCGAAGCAAGCAGGCGAGCGCAACAUUAGUGCCAAGAGUAUCCGCAAAGUGACACCAGACGCGCUCGGAAAAUUCAAAGGAUGAAAGCCCGAUAUUCUAGUGCUUCACUAACCGAACGAAACCACCGAAACAAUCCGAGCGACGAUAUGAUUCGAUCCAACAACGCGCAGCUUUCUAUGGGGGCAUCAAACGACGAGUCCAGAUACCGAGCUAUACACGCGCCCUAUGAAAUGGAAGUUAUUGUACCAUAGCGACGGCUAUCUCUAGUUGAGCCGCAAAUGGGAGCGCCUUGACCAUUGGACUACACAAAAUGGACUGAUUGCUGAAUCGAGUCUGUUUUCUCCCCAGUACAAGGUGCGGGAAGAAAGAGAAUAAUGAGCGAUUUGAACUGCUCAGAGGUUGACGGAACUCAAUAGAAAAACAGACAAUCUAGGGUAUUCAAGAUCACCCUGCAACGACUGUGCUGGUGUGUGGAGCAGCUAAGCUAAGAUAUCCUAAGGUUCCAUCCAAGGGUAGCACAUUCGUAGCUUGUUAGUAUUUAGAAUUAUGUACUUAGUCAUAGCUAUCUAUGAUUAAAAGUCGAGGAAACUUUUAAUGAACCAGUUACCUCCAUUUAAAGGUGCUUUGACAUGAUGUUAAGCUUGUAUGCCCGGUGAAGACAGGUGUUGU